GCGAAGCGUCAACGAAAGCUCUGGUUUCACUUUCAGGAUGCAGUGUCUACUCUCACGCCGCUGCGGCGCUGCUUCCGGACGAUUUUCUCCACUUUCAAGAGGCGCUUCCCAUGCUGUUUCUUUCGUACAUCGUGGUCCCUGUUGCGCACGAUGCUCAGCACAUCGCUCGGGGGACGCAUCCGCCAUCGCCGUCGCGAGGCGAGGAGCCGCCACGUUCCACCCCCCGGCCGCGGCGGACGCAACGCCACAGAGGAGACCCGUGUCGACGUCACCGUCGUCCUCCUCGUCCGCGGACACGCCUCUCUUCUCCGCUGAUGCGAUGAACGGGACGACGGUGCCACUGAGCACCCCGGCCGAGGUCGAACACGCCUUUGCCUGCUCUGUGAAGGCCCGCACCGUCAGCAAUGCGCAGCUGCGGCGCUACCUGGAGCAUCUCGCGCCAAAGGACUACGCCCUCGCCUCGGCGGCGGUGAAAGGAGCCAAGUCAGGCGGUCUGCGCAUCAACGCGAACAGCUACGAAGCUCUGCUGCACUGCCUGAUGGGCGCCGGUCAGCUACGCGCCAGCAUGGAACUCUACCAGCAAAUGAUUCAGCAACAUAUGACACCCACACCGGACAUGUACGCCGCGCUGAUGGAGUUGUGCCUCCAACGCGAUAUGCCAAAGCAGUGCCAGACGCUUUUCAACGACUUACAGAAGCGUGGCGUGCGUCCCUCUGCGCGCAACUACGAGUUGAUGAUUACAAGCCUCGCCGACGAGGUGCCGCCGCAGUGGGAGCGGGCUAUCGAGGUGUUCGACAAGGUCGCCGGCGAGCGGCACAGCCGGGUCACCGCACAAACCUACAAUGCGCUCAUGCGUGUGUACAUGAACAUGGAUCCGUUUGACUGGCGUGUGGUUUACAACUGUUACUCCGAGAUGCGCAAGCGUCGCCCACGGAUUCGGCUGAAGUGGGAGAGUUACUUGAUUCUGAGCGAGGCGUUACGGAAAGGGCGUGCAGGGUACGUGCGGCGCGGUGCUGCCUACGUGGACGCCUGGAUCGCCGUGACGCCCCUGCGUUCGUUGGACUUCCUGCUUGGUGCGGCGGUGUACUUUGCGAUUGUGAUGGCGCUCAAAUCUGUCUUGAGCUACGCGAUGGUGAGCUACUACGAGUCGAGCGCAACCUCGACGGCGGACUCCGUGUUGCCUGCAUAG